CUCGUCCAUCUAAACUGCGUAGCACUCUAGCAGCUACUUGUCCGUCUAUGCUGAGUGCAAUUUUUCAUAGUCUAAAAUGGCGGCUCCGUCUAUAGGAAUGUUGUGUCGAACUAGUAAUUUUGCCCUUGCACAGGUAAGACACGUGAGCAGCUCGAAUGCUGUGGGUGGACUCAAGGCAGCGGCGGCGGCUGCAGCGUCCCCCCAGAGCGACGCGGCGCCCCGCAUCAAAAAGUUCGCCAUCUACCGCUGGAACCCCGAUGAACCCCAGAAGAAGCCCGAAAUGCAAAUUUUCGAUGUCGAUCUCAACAAAUGCGGUCCCAUGGUGCUAGAUGCUCUGAUCAAAAUCAAGAACGAAGUGGACCCGACUCUGACCUUCAGGCGGUCAUGUCGCGAGGGCAUCUGUGGAUCAUGCGCCAUGAACAUCAGUGGCACCAACACACUGGCCUGCAUCACCAAAAUCGACACCAAUUUGAGCGCGCCACAGAAGAUCUACCCGCUGCCGCAUCAGUAUGUGAUCAAGGACCUGGUGCCCGACAUGAACAACUUCUAUGAACAGUACAAGAUGAUCAAACCGUGGCUGAUCAGGGAGAAGGAGCCGGAGGCCGGACAAGCACAGUACUUGCAGAGCAUUGAUGACCGAGCUAAGUUGGAUGGUCUCUACGAGUGCAUUCUGUGCGCGUGCUGCACGACCUCAUGUCCGAGCUACUGGUGGAACGGCGACAAAUACCUGGGGCCGGCUGUGCUGAUGCAGGCAUAUCGCUGGAUCAUUGACAGCCGAGACGAGGCCACUGCGCAGCGACUCACUGCUCUCAAGGACCCCUUCUCUGUCUUUAGAUGCCACACCAUCAUGAACUGCACACGCACUUGUCCCAAGGGUCUCAACCCAGGCCGUGCCAUUGCUGAGAUCAAAAAACUACUUUCGGGUUUUGCCAAAAAAGGCGAGCCUCAACUACCCACAGACAGUCUGCAUCAGAAGGCAGCUGCCUAGACCGACAUAACCUCAAAAUUUGUUUCCUAGAUCAGCUGUUCUGUCGCCGCCGCCAUAUUGGAUCGAUUUGCCCUUGAGAUCAGCUGAUAGUUGCAUAAGAAAUCACAAUAUUCAAUGCUAUACUGGAUUAUUUGACCUGGAGAUAAGCAGAUGGUUGGAUAACUAGUGGUACAUAAAACUCACAAUAUUUAAUGAUAUACUGGAUUAUUCGACCUUGAAAUCAGUUGGAUGACACAUUAACUAGUGGUCACAUACUAUCUUGGUCGACAUGACCUUGAGAUCAGGUGGUAGUGGCGUCCAUCUUGGUUGAUAUGACCUUGAGACCAGCAGGUAGUGGCGUCCAUCUUGGAUGAUGUGACCUUGAGAUCAACUGAUAGUUGUACAGAUGAUGCCAACUUGACCAUUUUGACCUUGAGAUUACCUGAUCAUUUGGACAACUCAUAAAUAGUGGCUGUCUUCUUGGUCAACAUGACCUUGAGAUCAUCUGGUAGUGGCCGCCAUCUUGGAUGAUGUGACCUUGAGAUCAGCUGAUUUGAGUGGACAGGAAUACAACACUAUAGUCACCGCCAUAUCGGCUGUAGCUUUUGUAUACAUAACCUAAGAAAAAACUGCAAUGUGAUCUGUAAAGAUUGCAUCAUAACCUGCAAAUUACAACAUAACCUAAAAAUGAUAUUAUCGGCCAGCGGUGAUGGGAUAUCUAGUAGCAAUCAAUUGUUAUUGUACUAUUAUUUAUUGUAUACAGUAUUCGGAUUAUAUUUUAAUAAAAUAUAAAUCUAGAAAAUUGGAA